AUGAGGGAAUGGAGGCACAGAGAGGUUGAGAACUGGCCCAAAGUCAUUCAGCAGGAUGCAGCCGUGCAUGACGCCAUGGGCCUGCUGCUGCUGGGCCUGCUGCUCCUGCCCUGCGUCUCUGGACUGCCCUUCUACAACGGCUUCUACUACUCCAACGGCAGGAACCCGGGCAACGGCCAUGGGGAAGGCCUCUUCAAUGGAGUGAAGCUGGUGGUAGAGAUGCCCGAAGAGACCCUGUUCACCCAUCGAGGGGCCAGCGUGACCCUGCCCUGCCACUACCACUACGAGCCAGCUCUUUCCACCCCAAGGCCCGUGCGCAUCAAAUGGUGGAAGCUGUCGGAGAACGGGGCCCCAGAGCAGGAUGUGCUGGUGGCCAUCGGGCUGAGGCACCGCUCCUUUGGGGACUACCAAGGCCGGGUGCACCUGAGGCAAGACAAGGAGGGUGAAGUCUCAUUGGAAAUUCGGGACCUGCGGCUGGAGGACUAUGGGCGCUACCGCUGUGAGGUCAUUGAUGGGCUGGAGGAUGAGAGUGGCCUGGUGGAGCUGGAGCUUCGGGGUGUGGUUUUUCCUUACCAGCCUCCCCAGGGCCGCUACCAACUCAACUUCCAUGAGGCCCAGCAGGCCUGCGAGGAGCAGGACGCGGUGGUGGCCUCCUUCGAGCAGCUCUUCCGGGCCUGGGAGGAGGGCCUGGACUGGUGCAAUGCAGGCUGGCUGCAGGAUGCCUCGGUGCAGUACCCCAUCACGCUGCCCCGGCAGCCCUGCGGUGGCCUGGGCCUGGCGCCCGGUGUGCGCAGUUAUGGUCCACGCCACCGCCGCCUGCACCGCUAUGAUGUGUUCUGCUUCGCUGCUGUCCUCAAGGGGCAGGUGUACUAUCUGGAGCACCCUGAGAAGCUGACUCUGACAGAGGCAAGGGAGGCCUGCCGGGAAGACGGCACCCAGAUCGCCAAGGUGGGCCAGCUCUUUGCUGCCUGGAAGUUCCAUGGUCUGGACCACUGCAAUGCUGGCUGGCUGGCAGAUGGCAGUGCCCGCUACCCUGUGGCUCACCCCCGUCCCAACUGUGGGUCCCCGGAGCCUGGGGUCCGAAGCUUCGGCUUCCCAGACCCACAAAGCCGCUCAUAUGGCGUCUACUGCUAUCGUCAACGCUAGCACCUGGGGUGGCCAACGCUGUACCUGCUCCGUUCCCUCACGGGCUGUGUAUUUAUUGAGUGGUUCAUUUUCCCGUGUGAG